AAAAAAAAGGAAUUAGAUUCCAAACACCAUCAAGAAAAGUGAUGAAAUGAAGGUGGCGUAUGGUGCUAUAGAGAUUAGUCAAAAAGCUACAAUAACCUCCACCAUCCCUCUAAUCAAAGAAAAAGCCAUGAACUCCAAAGCUGUUUUUGUUGAAGAUGGAGAGCUCAAAUUCAAAGACACAGGUUAUCAAGCCAUUGUUCUUGAAAGCUGGUAUACCUUUGGCUCUUUCUGUGGCUGGUUUUAUCUAUGCUAGGAUCGUAUCAAGAAGAAAUAUAAUUUCUGAAAAUCCUUCUUUGGAAACCAAGUUGGAUUCCCUGGAAAAUUUUGAUUCUCAUGAGGUGUUUUUGAAUAAUUCUGCAAAAGUUGAUGAAGAACACAUGAUCACAAGUUCCCAAGCUUCGAGCUCAAUAGAGAGUUCAGAUCUUUCUCAUGAUAAGGCUAGUUUUGAAGGAGAGUUAUUAGGAUUCAGAAACAGAAUUGAGAAGCUGCAAGAGAGGGUGUUGGCCCUGGAAACUCAGUUUCUUCAAUGUCUUGCCAUGAAAGAUGAAGAAGCUUUGCUAAUGGAGAUAAAGAAUAAGUUGGUAGUGGAGGCUGCUCAUGUUGAGUUCUUGGAUAGAGAGGUUUCUUCAAUGGAAGCUGAGAAAGAAAGAUUUGAGAAUCUGGUGGUAGAGUAUCUAAGAAUUCUUCAACAGCUUAAAUUCACAAAGCUGGAAAAUGGGUUUCUUCGAAGGAAAGUAAAGAGGAUUUCCAAGAAAAUGAAAGAGCAAUCGAGCUUAGUAAGAGAAAAGGACUUGAAGAUUGAAGCAACGGAAGCAGAAAUCUUGAGAUGCUAUGAUGAAUUAGAAACAAGGGCUAGCAUUAUAAAGAAAAUGGAGGAUGAAGUUAGAGAACUGCAUACCACUGUUGAUCAACUUCAGGAAGAGAAGAAUGAACUUCUGCUAAAGCUAAAUCCUGCAGAAAAUUCAGACACAUCAACAUCAAAGAUUGAUGCAGCUGUGACAAUGGAAGAUUACAAUCAGCUUGUACAUGAACUAGAACAACUACAAAAAGACAGAGCAACUGAAUUUGCAGAACUAACUUACUUGAAAUGGACUAAUGCUUGCUUAAGGCAUGAGUUGGUGAGAAAUCAUGAACAAGAGCAGCAAACUGAGCAGAAGAAGGAACAUAUAGCUGCAGGUGAAGAGAUAAGAGACUGUGGAUUACUGCAGAAACCAGAUAGUUCAGUUUUGAACCUCAAUGAACCGUACACAGGUGGGUCAAGCAGCAGCCAUGACCAGAGUUGUUCAAAAAGGAAAAAGUUGCUUCAUAAGCUUAAGAAAUGGGUGGAAGGGAGUGAUCACAUGAAAGAAAAGCAAGAAAUCAAGUGCCUUGGCAGGCUUUCUGUUUCAGAAGAAGCAGAGGAAGAUCAUAUAACUCAUGCAAGGAGGUCUUGCUCUAGUGCAUAAAUCAAGAAAUUCUUGAAAUUUCUAUGUCCUCGUACACAAUUAUCUAGAGGAAGAUAAAAAUCAUUAGCAAAUACCCACAAUUGUAUUGCUAUUACAAUGUAAUCAACACCUGUUAAACCACACAAAACUCAAUACCAAGUGGUCAUUUGAAGCUGUUCUUCCUUCUGGAGACUGUACACCCAUCUGCAAUUCUAUCAUGCACUUUCAGUUUUAUCAA